AUGUCGCUUCCAAAAGAUACGCGUGAUAAAAUUCCCGAAGCUGAGGAACAACACAAACCAACAACUACAGAAUCUCAGUCAAUAACACAUUUUCCUUCAUCUGCUGCCUCUUCAUAUCCCAAGAUAUCCGAAGAAAGUGAUGAAUUGAGUACAAAUCAGAAUACACUGCCACCUCCAUAUUCCCCAUCAGCUGAAGCCGAUAUCUCACUUAGCAUCCCCACAAAAGUUACAGGAACGUCCUCUGGUGACACUAAAAUAUAUAUCGGCGAUUAUUCUCUACCCUCGUCAGAUUUAACACCUCAAAAUUAUGCUACUUCAACCACCAUUACCACCCAACCUUCUCCAAUUCAAUAUCCCUCAAUUAGUUCUGCCGAUUUGCGAAACCACCAACAUGGUGUUUCAUCUCGAAAUUUGUUGUGUUCAGAGUCGGUACCCUUGAGAUUCUGUAAAAUUUGUCAAGAACCAGAACAACCCGAACUUCUCGAAAGUUCACAAGAUAAUACUGACAAUAGUCUUCAGCUAUCGUACGCAAAAGACCGGUUGAUUUCUCCAUGCAAAUGUAAAGGUUCUUUACAAUACGUCCAUCUCAGCUGCUUGAAUGAGUGGCGUUCCACCACCUUACGUCAGGACGCUUCAUACCGGUGUGAAGUGUGUAAAUACGAAUAUAAAUUCUAUAGACCAAAAUUGGCAAAAGUCCUAGAAAGCGCAAUAUUUCUUCACACUACGACUUUCAUAAUAUUCCUUUUGGUGAUUUAUGGGAUUUCGUGGAUUAUACGAGUAAUCGAUAGGAAUUUAAUAAAUAAACAUUCGCCACCUCCAGAUUCAACCGCCCCAGGCGGCUGGAUAUACACCAAUAUCUUGGGCGUGGAAGCACUACACUUAAUAAUCGGGGCAGUUAUGAUAUCGUUUGUGGGUGUAUGUUUUUUGAUGAUUAAUUCGUGUAUUAACGGAUAUAAAUCGACGAGAGAUGAUUAUUGCCGUUGUGGAGGAUAUGAGUGUAUGGAAUGCGGUGGGUGCUAUUGGUUCGGAGGGUGCGGAGGAGGGUAUGGUGCUGGAGAAUGUGGGGGUUUUGUUGUGGUAUUGUUCAUUAUCAUUAUAACUAUGGUAUUUGCGGUUGGAAUAUUUGGAGCUCUGAGCGCGGGAUAUCUCUUGAUUCAAAAGGUUAGUAGUAUUUACUUAGAUAGAAUUAAGGAGGUUAUUUUGGAGGUUAAGAAAGAUCAAUAG